AUGGCCUACGUUGUGCCCAUCCACCGGGCAAGCAGCAUCCGGCACGCAGUAAAGCUCAACUUCUUCAACGCAGAAGAAGAAUGCCUAGUCGCAGCCAAAUCCAACCGUCUCGAAUUCUACACCCUCACACCCGAUGGCCUCGUUCUUACUGCGACGCGCGCGCUCUACGCGAAGGUCACGAUGCUUGCCCGCUUGCCCGCGCCUUCACAUUCACCCACCGAUCACCUCUUCGUCGGAACAGACCAGUUCAAUUACUUUACGGUAACGUGGGACGAUACAACGAAUGAGAUUAAGACAGCCCGCAGCUAUGUGGAUAUUGCAGAGCCCGCAUCCCGCGAAUCGCAAUGCGCGGCGCGGUGUCUGGUCGACCCCACGUGCCGGUUUAUGACGCUAGAAGUGUACGAGGGUGUUGUUGUCGUCGUGCCAAUUGUGCAGCCGACGAAGAAGAGGGGUCGGGUAUCGACGGCGGCGUCGAUGCCUGAUGUGCCGCAAGUCGGAGAGCUAGAUAAGCCGACAACAUCACGCAUUGACGAGCUAUUCGUUCGGUCUUCUGCGUUCUUGCAUUCGGAGUCGAAUCCGUGGCUUGCACUGCUGUAUGAGGAUAAUCAGCAAAAGGUCCGGUUGCGGAUUCGCGAGCUGGAUUUCACGCCUGGGACUUCGGGGACUUCGGCUGACGCUACGUUCAAGGAGGUGCAGGAGAAGAAGCUUGAGGGGGGUGUCUUUGGGCAAGAGCUUGAUCUCGGGUCAUCGCAUUUGAUUCCUAUUCCUGCUCCGCUCGGUGGGUUGAUCGUUCUUGGGGAAACAUCGAUCAAGUAUAUCGAUGACAAUGCGAACGAUGUGAUCACAAAGAAUCUGGAUGAGGCGACUGUUUUCGUUGCUUGGGAGAAGGUUGAUAGCCAGCGGUGGCUGUUGGCUGAUGACUAUGGGAAGUUGUUCUUCUUGACCUUUGUGCUGAAUACCCGUGGUGAGAUUGACGACUGGAAGCUUGAGUAUCUUGGGAAUACGGCCCGUGCUGCGGUGCUAGUAUAUCUCGGUGGAGGAAUGUUGUUUGUUGGGUCACACCAGGGUGAUUCGCAGGUUAUCCGGCUCAGUGAUAAGUCAUUCGAAAUCAUUCAGACUUUGUCUAACAUUGCUCCCAUUCUGGACUUUACCAUUAUGGACCUUGGAGCCCGGUCGAACGAGGGCCAAACUCAUGAGUUCUCGUCUGGUCAGGCUCGGAUUGUCACUGGCUCUGGUGCUUUCGAUGAUGGCUCCUUGCGGAGUGUUCGCAGUGGUGUUGGGAUGGAAGAGCUGGGUGUGUUAGGCGAAAUGGAUCAUAUCACGGAUCUUUGGGGUCUACAGACUCGGAGUUCUGGUAACUUCCUAGACACGCUGAUUGUCACCUUUGUGGAUGAGACGCGGGUCUUCCAGUUCAGCCCCGAUGGUGAAGUCGAAGAACUGGAUAGUUUCUUGGGACUGGCUCUCACGGAAAGCACUCUUCUUGUCGCCAAGUUGCCCGGCGGCCGAAUUCUGCAGGUUACAGAACAACGAGCCCUAGUAGCUGACAUCGAAAGCGGAAUGGUGACAUUCGAAUGGGCUCCCGAGAAGCAGAAGUUGAUCACUGCUGCAUCUGCCAACAAUGAUCAUAUGGUUCUUGCUAUCAGUGGCCAAGUCGUGGCAUCAUUCGAUAUCAGAGACAACGUCCAACUCAUCAGACAGAAUGAUCUCGGCGCUGAUCAGCAGAUUUCUGGUCUGACUGUUCCAUCAUCACCAACGGGGGUCUUUAUUGCAGGAUUCCCUCAAUCAGCCAAGGUGUCAGUCAUGUCAGUCAAGGACUUUGCUGUCCUCCAGACAAAAUCACUGGGUCCUACCGGAGAGAGUUUCCCUCGAUCAGUUCUCGUGGCCAAUGUCCUAGCGAAUAGUCCUCCUACGCUAUUCAUCUCAAUGGCAGAUGGCUGUGUCAUCACAUUCUCAUUGAAUCCCGAUGACUACUCGUUGACAGGCAUGACAAAGCUUGUCCUUGGAUCCGAGCAGCCGAUCUUCAAGCAGCUUCCCAAGGGCAACGGUCUUUACAAUGUGUUUGCUACAUGCGAGAACCCUAGUCUGAUUUAUGGCUCUGAGGGCCGAAUCAUCUACUCUGCUGUGAAUUCAGAAGGAGCGUCACGUGUCUGCCAUCUCAACGCAGAAGCAUACCCCGAAGCCAUCGCAGUGGCAACAGAAAAGGAAUUGAAGAUUGCCCUAGUGGACAGAGAGCGAACAACCCAGAUCCAAACAUUACCAAUUGGAUCUACUGUCCGCCGGGUGGCAUACUCCCCAUCCGAGAAGGCAUUCGGAAUCGGCACGAUUGAUCGCAAGCUCGAAGGCGGAGACGAGGUUGUCGGCAGUCACUUUGUCCUCGCGGAUGAAAUUAUGUUCCGGCGUCUUGACGCAUUGGAAUUGGACCCAGAGGAGCUGGUGGAAAGUGUCAUCCGGGCUCAAUUCGCCACUGGCAAAGAUGAGAAUGGUCGAGACGCUUUCAAGGACCGGUUCAUUGUGGGUACGGCGUAUGCAGACGAGUCAAAAGAGGGAUCCAUCCGCGGACGGAUUCUUGUUUUGGAGGUUGAUCAUGGCCGUAAGCUCAGCAAGGUGGCUGAGCUGCAUGUUAAGGGUGCUUGUCGGGCUCUUACUAUGAUGGGUGAUCUUAUCGUCGCGGCUCUCGUCAAGACUGUCGUCGUCUAUAAGAUCACUAGCAAUCACUCGGGACCAAUGAAACUGGAAAAGCUGGUAGCCUACCGAACAUCAACCGCACCCGUGGACGUCAAUGUCGUUGACGAUAUCGUUGCCGUAUCCGAUCUCAUGAAGAGUGUAUGUCUUGUCAAAUUCACUCCGGGCAAAGACGGUAAACCAGACACUCUCGUCGAAGUCGGCCGUCAUUACCAGACCGUUUGGAGCACGGCGGUUGCCUGUGUAGACAAAGACACAUUCCUCCAGAGUGACGCGGAGGGUAACCUCAUCGUCCUAUCACGGAACCUGAACGGCGUCACUGCCCAGGAUAAACAGCGACUGAUGCCAACGAGUGAGAUUGCGCUGGGUGAGAUGGUUAAUCGGAUUCGGCCGGUAAAUAUCCCAAAUCUUGCCAGUACGACGGUGGUCCCACGGGCGUUUUUGGCCACGGUCGAGGGAUCCAUCUACCUCUUCGCUGUGAUUAACCCUGAACAUCAAGACUUCCUCAUGACCCUGCAAACGGUGGUCGCUGCCAAGGUCGACUCACUAGGCGAUCUUCCUUUUGACAAGUUCCGUGGAUUCCGCACAAUGGUGCGCUCAUCGGAUGCGCCAUACCGCUUUGUGGAUGGUGAACUUAUUGAGCUAUUCCUGAGCUGCUCGCCAAGCAUGCAGGAGGAGAUUGUCGAUGAGGUGGGCUCUAUGAGUGUGGACGAAGUCAAGGAGAUUAUUGAGGCUCUGAGGAGACUUCACUAG